GCCGCCACCAGAAAUUUUGCCUUGCGAUGACUAUCAACCACCGCAGCAGGCUUCAGUGCUAAAACCUGCACAGCGAGGUUUCAGCAUGCGAACAACUCCGAACAUAGUCAUUACAGGGACGCCUGGUGUAGGUAAAACUGUUCACUGUGCACAGCUGGCCGAGGAGACUGGUUUGCGACAUCUUUCGAUCAAUCAGAUCGCGAAAGACCGGGGCUGUUACGACACCUACGACCAGGAAUUGCAAACCUGGGUUGUUGAUGAAGACAAACUUCUGGAUGCUGUCGAAGAGGAACUGCUGAGAGGUGGCUACUUGAUUGAUUGGCAUGCCUGUGAUCUUUUCCCCAAGUCCUGGGUUGAUCUCGUGGUGGUUCUACGUUGCCCAUCCACGUCCAUUCUAUAUGACCGUCUAACAUCGAGGGGCUACAAGCAAGCAAAGCUGCAAGAAAAUUUGGAUGCGGAAAUAUUCGGUGUUCUUCUCGAGGAAGCCCGCGAAUCAUUCGACGAAGAGAUUGUGGUUGAGUUAAAUAGUGAAAAGGAUGACGAUGUAGAAUCCAAUUGCGCACGAAUCUCUGGCUGGAUAGAGUCCUGGAAGAGCAGCCAGGCACUAAAUACAGACUGACUACUACUGACAUGUUAAAGUCAAAUUCAAUCGCCUCAAACAGGCUCCAUCACAGCUGGGAAGAAUCAGAUCAGGAUCUUUCACGGGUUAGCCAGGCUUGCAGUUUGACUAGAGCUUUGUAUCUGUGGGAGAUUUGAUUCU